AUGCUCACGGAAGUCUUUGACGUCGUCGUGGUGGGAGGCGGCCCAGUCGGGCUCGCCGCCGCGUACGAGGUGGGCAAAACAGGUGCGAGCGUCAUCGUACUGGAGCAGAACAACUUUUUCAAUCAAGCUGGAAGCUCGAAUGAUCUCGCCCGCAUGUUCCGUACCAUGUACACGGAGGACUUCAUGGCCGACCUCGCAAAGGACGCCAUGAAACUCUGGGACAAACUCGAGAAGGACUCGGGCUCGUCUCUCCGCUGGAUGAGCGGCUUGCUCAACUUUGGAGACAAGAACUUUGGUGGAGACAGCCUUGAAGGGACUCUAAUGGGUCCGGUGCUCAAUUUAGAGCGGCUUGGGAUGUCUUACCAAGAAUUAACGGCCAAGGAAAUCGAAGAGCGCUACCCCUUCAAAAAUCUGCCCCCUAAAUGGAUCGGUCUCUUCGCCCCCGACAACGGCGUCAUCAACGUCCAGCUUCUCUUGCGCAGCCUUCUCAGCCUAGCCAAAGAUUACGGCGCCGAGGCCAAACAGCACACCCGCGUCGAGCGCAUCAUUCCCUCCACCACCGACAAGACCAUCUGGGAGCCAAGAAGAUCGUCAUUGCCUCUGGCGCCUACGUCAACCCACGUCCUACGACCCAGCUUCGGCGUCUCCCUCGAUCUCGACAUCUGGGAAAUGGUCGCCUCAUACUUCAACACCAACCCCGGACCCAACGGCACCAUCUUCCCUAGCAUGUGGUUCCAAUUCGCCCCCAACAAACACCGGCGAUCCCAGCUCUUCUACGGAUUCCCCACCGUCCCCUGGGGCCCCCCUAACGUCACUCGCAUCGCCGUCGACGCAGCCACCCGCCGCAUCAAGGACCCCAGUGAACGUCUGACCAACGUCGUGAACCCGGCUGACAUCCGGGACACGCAGGAGUUUAUCAAGAAGCACGUUGUCGGUGUUGAUGCUACCGUACCGGCUUUUACACUGAGCUGUUCGCAGACUAAUGUCUUUGACAAUAUGUUUGUACUUGAUUACCUGCCAAAGGAGUAUCUAGCAGGAGGAGCUGAGAAAAGCGUUGUGGUUUUCACCGCGGGUUGGGCCAUGAACUUUGUUCCUUUGCUUGGCAAGGCGUUGGCUGAGAUGGCGCUGGAUGGGAAGUCAGACUAUGCGCGGAAGGAGUUUGAGAUUACGAGGAAGGAUAAGAAGGGAAAGGGGAUUAUCAAGCGGGUUGUUCCAGGGAAAAGAGGGGGUCAUUCGAUGAUGAUGGAGGAGCUGGAUGUUGAUGAUGAGGUGGAGGGAGAAAGCGCUUUUACUUAUGAGGAGCAGGCUUCGGGGUCUUCCAUCAGGGGGUGUCAAAAUGUCGGGUUAUAG